GCACAUUGCAGUAUCUUAUCCAGAGCAAUUUACAAGAGGAAUUCGGGUUACGUGCCUUGCUCAAGGGCACAUCGACAGAUUUUUCACCUAGUUGGCUCGAACCAGCGACCUUUCAGUUACUGGCCCAACGCUCUUAACCGCUGGGCUACCUCCCGCGCUAAUAGGCCACAUGAAGGGCCACUGCUCACUUUAGGAGAAGUAUACAUUAUUUUAGCCUUAGCAGCACUUGUAUAUAAUUUAACUACAAUUAAAUACACUUUUUUAGUAAAUUACUCUGGAUUCGAUGUGUAAAGCAUGUAGAUGAAUAGCCUACUAUGCAUGGCGAUGUUAGCAUUGGCGAUAUUAGCCAAUUUAUCAAAGGCUAAUAUGUACAAGAUAAGUGAUUAUUUCUCUCCAUGUUUCAGAUCAGCGUAUCCCCUUGGACUACCGGAGGAAUUUGCGUUUGUGACAGUUUUACGAAUGAACGGCAGUACCGUAACCAAGAACUGGAAUAUUUGGCAAAUGCAAGAUUUGAACGGCGAAGAGCAGCUUGCCGUUAGACUGAACGGAGAAUCGCUGUCUCUUGAAUUUACCUUCACAACAUUGAAUAAAACACGAGAGACGGCCGUUUUCCCUUUCCUACCGUUCCUCUUCAACUCUCAAUGGCACAAUAUCUUACUGAAAGUCAGCAAGCGUUCUGUAACUCUGUUCGUGGAUUGUAUUAUGGUGGAUUCUCAGAACACAUCCCAGAGAGGUAUAGUCAACCUGGAUGGAUACACGUUGAUUGGAAAGCUGAAGGAUAACCCCGUUUUAGCAGUGCCAUUUGAGCUCCAGUCGAUGCACAUUCAUUGUGAUGUGGGGCGACCACAGACCUGCAAUGACCUAUCAGCCAGGACGUCGGUUGAUGAAGCAGAACUUCAGAGGGCCUCAGGCCCCGUCGGCCCUCCAGGACCCGCAGGUGUCCCAGGAAUUGAUGGUGUCGCUGGUGAGAGGGGAGACGACGGAGAGGAUGGCCCUGCUGGUCCUGAUGGAGAUGCAGGUAAACUAGGCUCAGCCGGGUUGCCAGGCGAGCCCGGGGAUGAUGGUUUGACUGGCCCUACUGGAGAUGAAGGCCCUGAUGGUCCCCUUGGACAGAAAGGGGAACCCGGGAAACCAGGACCUCGUGGACUAGCUGGCGUUGGAGACGAUGGACCCCCUGGACCCCCGGGGCCAGGAGGACUUCCAGGUGAUUUGGGAAAAGGUGGACCCCAUGGUGCUAUGGGAGUGAGAGGACCAACAGGACCUGGUGGAUCAGCAGGGCCCAGAGGUGCAGCAGGGAUGCAGGAUUUGAGUGCCGAGCUGUGCCCUGGUGCCUGUCCGCCUGGAACACCUGGUCAUCCCGGCCUCCCUGGCAUGAAGGGUCACAAAGGAGUCAAAGGGGAAGGAGGAGAGCCUGGGAAACAAGGGCACAAGGGUGAAGAGGGUGACCAGGGAACCACAGGGGACCUCGGAUCCCAGGGCCCAACGGGUCCUCAGGGAAUCAGAGGCUCCACUGGAAUGAUGGGGCCCAAAGGUGGACUUGGAGCACGAGGACAUGAUGGAGAUCCAGGUCCCCAGGGUGUUGAAGGAGCCACUGGUGACCAAGGCCAGAGGGGCGUGAUGGGCGAGUCUGGUCCUAAAGGUGAUGAGGGAUCUCAAGGUGGAAGAGGAAUUACAGGUCUUCCUGGGCCCAAGGGAAAUGGUGGUUUGUCAGGAGUGGAUGGCCGUGAAGGUAUUCCUGGAAUGCCAGGUGGAAAGGGCACCAUUGGCAAGGCUGGGUCUCCCGGUGAGGUGGGGCUUCAGGGCCUUCCUGGAUUACCCGGUUCUCCUGGCUCUAAAGGAACUGGUGGAGACAAGGGUAGCUCUGGAGAGGCAGGUCUUCUUGGAACAAUGGGAUCUGCUGGUAAAACAGGAGAGCAAGGCAAAGUAGGAGGUCUAGGACCCAUUGGACCCAUUGGCGGACCAGGAGACAGAGGAGAACAAGGACCAGGCGGUCCACCGGGUAAACCAGGAGCCAGGGGACCUAAAGGGGAUCUUGGUCUUUCUGGUGUUCCCGGACCCCCAGGCCUCCCCGGAGUGAAGGGAGAGAGGGGGGGACAAGGUUCUGAGGGAACCUCUGGAGACAAAGGAGAUGUUGGUGACCAAGGGGAAUCUGGACCCAAAGGAGUGGUUGGAAACCCAGGAGAGCCUGGUAACAGAGGGCCAGAGGGUAGCAGAGGGCAGCCUGGCAUCGAGGGCCCAGCUGGUACUCCUGGACCACGUGGCAUGCAGGGCAACAGGGGCGUACCAGGAAUCAGGGGGUCACAGGGACCGGCGGGUAAAGAACCAAGCGAUCAACACAUCAGACAAGUCUGCAUGAGAGUUAUGCAAGAGCAGCUAGCCCAGUUGGCUGCCAGUCUAAGGAGGCCGGAGUCUGGAGCAGCGGGCCUGCCUGGUAAGCCAGGGCCUCCUGGUCCUGCCGGACCCCCAGGGGACAGUGGCUUCCCUGGGCAGGCUGGAGCAAGAGGACUGCCUGGCCUCAAAGGACCUCCAGGACUCCUGGGACUCAAAGGACCCAAAGGUGAAAUGGGCGACAGAGGAGACCGAGGUCCCACGGUGCGAGGGGCCAAGGGCCAGCCAGGACCUCCCGGUCUACCAGGUGAGCCCGGAAAGCCUGGUUACGGCCAGGAGGGACGUGACGGCGAGAGAGGACCUCCAGGUGUUCCUGGCCAGGCUGGUGUACCUGGGCCUCCUGGUAACGCUGGCCCCAACGGCUACUGCGACCCAUCGUCCUGCAACCUCAGACCAGGGGACAUUGACACCAGCAUCAAGGGCCCGGAGGGAACUAGAAACUAGAGCCACCACCCAGUGGAGGCUGGUGUCACUUUAAAUCUGAGGACUGGAUGUAAUGGUUGUAAUGGAUGUAAUGGUUGUAAUGGAAUGAAUGGAACAGUUUCAAACACCUUGGAUUCGGUUCCAUUUAUUCCAUUACAACCUUCACUAUGACCCAUCCUCCCUUCACCAGCUUCCACUGCCCAACACCCAGAGAGGGGUAGAGACAGAGACAGAGACUAAGAUGGCAGAUGGACAGCUCUCCCACCCCAACCCUGGGAGCACACAACAUUCUCACAGCCUCUCUACUCUGAAGGCUGUUGCUGUAAAGUGGUCCAUUCUAAGGUAUCUGCAGUGUUUUGUGAGAGUGUUCUGUGCUAGCCAGAUCUCUUUCAGAUAUGAAGGAGUCUUCCACUUCCACAAAUGCAAAACAAAAUUAAGUAUUUUGUUGCAAAACAAUAAUAAUCCUGAACCUGUUUGGAUGUGUAACAGUUUUUUACAUGACAGAUUUUCUUAUUUUCUUUUGUUGUUUUCAGAAAAGGGUGCUCUAUUUUAAGAUAUUAAUGUUUUGAAGACAAUAUAUAUAUAUAUUUUUCAACUGUCCCUGUAAACCUAGAUGUCCUUAAUAACCACCAGACAUGCUACCUGUCCUUAUUAACCACCAGACAAACACCUGUCCUUAACAACCACCAGACAUGCACCUGUCCUUAACAACCACCAGACAUGCACCUGUCCUUAACAACCACCAGACAAAGACCUGUCCUUAUUAACCACCAGACAAACACCUGUCCUUAUUAACCACCAGACAAACACCUGUCCUUAACAACCACCAGACAUGCACCUGUCCUUAUUAACCACCAGACAAACACCUGUCCUUAUUAACCACCAGACAAACACCUGUCCUUAUUAACCACCAGACAAACACCUGUCCUUAUUAACCACCAGACAAACACCUGUCCUUAUUAACCACCAGACAAACACCUGUCCUUAUUAACCACCAGACAAACACCUGUCCUUAUUAACCACCAGACAUGCACCUGUCCUUAACAACCACCAGACAAACACCUGUCCUUAUUAACCACCAGACAAACACCUGUCCUUAUUAACCACCAGACAAACACCUGUCCUUAUUAACCACCAGACAAACACCUGUCCUUAUUAACCACCAGACAAACACCUGUCCUUAUUAACCACCAGACAAACACCUGUCCUAAUUAACCACCAGACAAACACCUGUCCUUAUUACCCACCAGCCAAACCACCUGUCCUUAUUAACCACCAGAUAAACACCUGUCCUUAUUAACCACCAGACAAACACCUGUCCUUAUUAACCACCAGACAAACACCUGUCCUUAUUAACCAUCUGGCUGUAUGUUCCCUUUCCUCCUUUCCUCACACUGAAACAGCUGUAUACUGUAGCCUACAUGUUGAUUUCAGCAGCGGCUCCAUCCACAUCAACAUCAGCUAAUUCCUCCCCAAUAAAGUAAAAUCAUAAAGCAAUACCAGGAUUGCCUUUAGCCCAAAGUGUAUUAUUUUGUAUUUCUAAUGUACUGCAUCAUGUUCUGUAUUGAAGUAUCAUAUACCAAAGAUAGACCUGGUGAAAACAGUGAUAUCAGUUUGUACAGAAAACACCUGGUGUAUUUCCAGCACCCUGCUUUCCUUCCAGAAAUCUAAAUAAAGAGAAAGAAGAUAGGACUGACACCAAACCACACUGACUGACUGACCUUCCAUAUAUACUGUACAUCUCUGUAAAUUGUUUUCAAUUGUGGUUAAUUAUAUUUACUACAAAAAUAACUAUCCUGAUGAUUGAAUGUGAGGUUUGUUCUCAUUGUACAGUGUGAGGAGGAUUCUGAGAGAUUAUUAUUUUGAAUAUAAAUGGAAUAUUCCCUUCACAGUAUUCUGUUCACUGUUGAGUACUAUGUCAGCCAUAGAAAUGAAGUCACUAGAAUGGCAAUUACAAUGCGAUUCUAUUUCUAUGUGAAUUCCUCACAGGGUUUGGAGAGAUGGAGAAAAGGAAGUCAGUUGUUUCUAUUUUAUUAUAUGAUGAUGAUGACGAUACUAUUUGAGGGUGACAUCACAGUUUGUACAAAUAUCUAGGAGGAGGAUCUAGAAAUGUCAAAUAAAUUCUCAAAUGUA